UUCAGCUUGGCUCGUUGAUCAAGAUGAGUCUUGGACAGCGUGCCGUCAGUCUUACAUUUUUGUUGUUAUUAAAACUUGAUCAGACUAUUCUCCAGGUUUCCUCGUCUCUUCAACAAGACAGUCGGUUCAUUUCAGUAAAAACUGGAGAAAGUGUAACUCUGCAAUGUUUUCGUGACCCUGAUACACCUGCGAGGGCUUACUGGUACAAACUAACGUUGCGUCAAAAACCACAACUCAUUUCUACUGUCUUCAAGUACGACCCAAAUGGAACGUUUCAUAGAGAGUUCAAAGAUAAUCCCCGCUUCACCCUAGACACUAAAGGAAAUUUAAAUAACCUGAAGAUUACAAAUCUGCAGCCCUCAGACUCAGCAACGUAUUACUGCGUCACCGGGCAUUCAUUCAAGACUGAGUUCGAUGGAGGCACCGUCAUUCACGUCGAAGGAUCAGGAUUAAACAUCCAGGCUUUGGUCCAACAGUCAGAAACUGAGAUUUUCCAGCCAGGACACUCUGUGACUCUUAACUGUACAAUACAAACUGGGAGCUGUGGUGGAGAACACAGAGUUUACUGGUUCAGAAGCUCUGAGGAACAUUAUCCAGGACUAAUUUACACUCAUGAAGGGAGCAAUGAUCAGUGUGAGAGGAAGCCUGGGGAACAAACUAAUAAAUGUGUGUUCAGUCUGCCACUGAAGAACCUUACUGUGUCUCAUGUCGGGUCUUACUACUGUGCUGUUGCCUCAUGUGGACAAAUACUGUUUGGAAACGGGACGAACCUGAAUGUGAAGACUAAGACAGACUCUGUGUAUCUCCUGACAGGAGCUUUGGUAUUCACCACAUUUCUAAGUGUUUCACAGGCCGUGUUGUUGUUCAUUCUCUACAAGAGAAACCACUCAGGAGACCCAGACUCUCAGUCCAGAAGGUCUUCUCCUUCAACAACCACUGUAGAAGGUGAAAACCUUCAUUACGCCGCUUUUAAAAUCAGAUUAUCAGACCAGAAGAGCAGCAGAUCAGCAAGGCAGAGAAAUGAAAAGACUAACUGCAUCUACUCCUCUGUUGUUGAGCUCUAAAAUUGAUUUAAGAAACCCUACCUUGUAAAUUAGACUGAACCAAUCUUUAAUUUCUUUUAUA